UAUAUUGUCUGUACACAAUUGGUCAAGAGGAGGGACUUGGCUUUGAAUGAACAGAGGAAGUGUCUGAAGCGUGAGACUGCAAAUCGAAAGAAACCGGCAGAAACAAGGUGACUCAUUCCAUAAAACGAAAGCACACCUCCUAAAACUCAAUAUGGUGGACUCCCAGUACUACCUUCCAAAUAGCAUUUGCAUCUCCAAGCUGGACUGCAAGGAGGCUUUUGAACUGUUAUCUUCGAAGGAGAAACUUUAUGCCCACUACCUCUCUCGGGCAGCAUGGUAUGGUGGUCUGGUGGUUUUGCUGCAGACCUCCCCUGAGUCACCCGAAAUUUACGUGCUUCUGCAGAAGCUUUUCCGCAAGCAGACCCCGGCCGAGUUGGAGAAAGUGGCCAGUGAAGCUGGACUAACUUCUGAGGAGUACAAGGCGGUCCUGGUAUAUGCUGCAGGGUUCUAUGCCAACAUGGGUAACUACAAAUCAUUUGGAGACACCAAAUUUAUCCCCAACUUACCAAAGGAGAAGCUGAAAGCUUUGGUGUGGAAGAGUAAGGCCUUCCAGGAAAACUCCGUGGAGAUGGAGUCACUCUGGAAGAGCUGCUCCCAGCUCCUCUUCUCACUGGAGGACCGGCAGAAGCAACUUGGACUGGGGCAGGAUGGGAUCACCACGUACUUCUCAGGGAAUUGCUGUUUAGAGGAUGCAAAGUUGGCCCAGAAAUUCCUAGAUUCUCAGAAUCUGAGUGCCUACAACACAAGACUGUUUAAGAGGGAGCCGGAGGCAGGAAAACAGGUUUAUGAGGUUAGAUUGGCCUCCGCAAUGAAGACGGAUUGUGCUGGUGACGGUGAGGGCCAGACACGCUGUGGCCGGUAUGAUUUCGAAGACGCCGUGUUCACGGUUCGUAGGGGUGACUACGCUCCCCUUAUGGAAAAAGUCACCAAAAAUUUGGAGAAAGCCAAGACUUUUGCAUCCAAUGAGAACGAAGUACGAAUGCUGGAGGAGUAUGCAAAAAGCUUUUCCUCUGGCUCAUUGGAUGCUCACAAAGAAGGUUCCCGCUUCUGGAUAAAGGACAAGGGCCCUAUUGUAGAGAGUUACAUUGGUUUCAUCGAGAGCUACAGAGAUCCCUUUGGAUCCCGAGGGGAGUUUGAAGGGUUUGUUGCGGUGGUGAACAAGGCGAUGAGCGCCCGCUUUACCCAGCUGGUGAGCAUGGCCGAGGUGCUGCUGCCAGAGCUGCCGUGGCCGGCUGCCUUCGAGAAGGACCACUUCCUGCGGCCCGACUUCACCUCUCUGGACGUGCUGACGUUCGCUGGCAGUGGCAUCCCAUCUGGCAUCAACAUCCCUAACUAUGAUGACAUCAGACAGACGGAAGGGUUUAAAAAUGUGUCUCUGGGAAACGUGUUAGCCGUAGGCAGUGUCACUCGUAAGGAGGACCUAACUUUCCUUGAGGAGGACAUCAAGGAUUUGUACCUAAAACUGGUGGGGCCCGCCUUUGAGGUACAGGUGGGGCUACAUGAGCUACUGGGUCACGGCAGUGGAAAGCUCUUUGUUCAGGAUUCAAAGGGAAACUUCAACUUCGAUAAGGGCAGUGUUAUCAUUCCACAUACUGGAGAGGUGAUCUCAAGCUGGUACAAGGAGAGUGAGACUUGGGACAGCAAGUUCUCCACUAUAGCCUCCAGCUAUGAGGAAUGCAGGGCAGAAUGUGUGGGCAUCUACAUGUGUCUCAACAAGGAAGUGCUCAGCAUCUUUGGGCAUGAAAACGAGGAUGCUGAGGAUGUGAUGUACAUCAACUGGCUGAACAUGGUGCGUGCCGGCCUGCUCGGACUUGAGUUCUACACCCCAGAAUCCAAAACCUGGAGGCAGGCCCACAUGCGCGGCCGCUUUGUCAUCCUGCGAGUGCUCCUCGAGGCUGGAGAGGGGCUGGUGACUCUCAAGGAGACCACUGGUGCUGACGGCCGACCAGACAUGGUCAUCUCACUGGACCGUACCAAGAUCAAAACUGUGGGCAAAAAUGCCAUCGAGAAAUUCUUGUGCAAACUUCAGGUUUACAAGUCCAUUGCGGAUGUGGAAGGUGGUCGUGCUCUGUAUGACGGCUAUUCUGAGGCGACCUCAGACAGCCCUCAUGACUUCCUGCGCAUCCGAGAGACAGUCCUGCUCCGGAAGGUGGCUCGGAAGCUGUUCGUCCAGGCCAACACCACAGUCAAAGCAGGGGAGAAGGUGGAGUUGGUGGAGUAUGAGAGCACAGCCGCAGGACUGGUCCAGUCCAACACUGACCGCUUCCAGGAGGAAGCAGAAGAGCUGGAGCGCCACCUGGUGGAGCUGAGCUCUCAGGACGUCUCCUGCUGGUGCUAAGGGAGACGCAGGAAAUUGGAGCCAAAUAGUUGUCAGCCAAUCCUGUUGCCCUUCUCAAGUAUUUCUUUUUUGAUUGAUCUUUUUUUCUAUUUCGUGUGAGUCAGAGGAACAGUUGACGUUAAAUAUACUGUAAUGUGUACCAAGGGAACCAAGGGUUUAGCAGUGCUAAAACAUAAAUGUGAUUUCUAAUUUUUACAACCAACAAACCAUAAUUGUCUGUAAAUAAUGGUUACAUGGUAACAGUGGGCACCAUACAUUUUUCAGAUUUUAUGAAUAACCUUGCAUAAUAAUAAUUACCUCUGCGCAUCUCGAACAAAAUGGGCCUUGAGUGAAGUGUGUUAUGAGAGGGGCUAUUCUGAGCUUUGCUGUGAAAUCAAACUGAUCGGCUUUCAAGAAUAAAUAGUGAUAAUUGGAGAAGCCCCACCUGCUGGUUGUUAUCCUCUGCCAAACCUACCAAAUUGGGAAUGUUUCUCAAAAGUGUCUGUACAUCUUGAAAUAAACUAAAAUGGAGACAAAGUGA